AGCUCAGCAGAGAACUUGGAUGUGAAGCAUAUGUGUUAUACCGAGUGCAUAAGGACUUCCCUGAAAGCAGUAGCUCAGAAUCUGCAAGAAGCAUUGGAAAAAUAAGGGAGAUAAUAGACAUUAAAAGUCCCCGGUGUUCUGGAGGGUCCAAACCAUGAAUUACGUCGGACAGUUAGCAGGGCAAGUGUUUGUAACUGUGAAGGAGCUCUAUAAGGGACUAAACCCAGCCACGUUGUCGGGAUGUAUAGAUAUAAUCGUUGUACGUCAGCCGGAUGGAAAUCUUCAGUGUUCCCCCUUCCAUGUACGCUUUGGGAAAAUGGGAGUUCUACGUUCUAGGGAGAAAGUGGUUGACAUAGAAAUUAAUGGAGAGGCUGUAGAUUUGCACAUGAAACUAGGAGACAAUGGAGAGGCCUUUUUUGUUCAGGAGAUGGAUAAUGAUAAGGAGGUAAUUCCUUACCAUCUCUCUACAUCCCCUAUUAUAUCUGAGGGAACUGCUUUAAUGGAAGCUCAGCUGAAGAGAAACUCUAUUGACAGGAUAAGAAACCUGGACAACAGUGCAUCCUCACAAGUAUCGCCCCAAGCUCAUGGAUCCCAGCCUGGUACUGAAACAUCUCCAGUUUGUAACUCUGUGAAAAAAAGGAGGAAAAAGAGGAGGAAAUCAACUCAUAAAAUAGACAGCUUAAAAAGAGAAGACAAUGGAGACACGUCAGAAGAUGAAGACAUGUUUCCUAUAGAGAUUAGCUCUGAGGAAGAAAAGGAACCAUUGGACAAUUCAAGGAUCCCUGUUCCAGAUGUGUUUGUUGAUGAAGUAUCUGACAUAAAGGCUCCUGUAGUUUCUACAUAUUCUCAGUCUUCGUCUUAUCCUCAUUCAGAUGGAGAAUGGUCUCCUCUUCAAAGCCCAUCAGGUUCGCGCCCUUCUACUCCUAAAAGUGAUUCAGAAUUAGUCAGUAAACCCACGGACAGGAGCGGACUGAAGAAUAAUCCACACAUGCACUGGGCCUGGGGAGAGCUACCCCAAGCUACAAAGACCAGUUCCCUGAUCAAAGCUAAGGAACCCAGCAUGGUAGAUGUAAAUCCUUCCGAAAGCACUCACUUUCGGGUCAUCCAGAGUGCUCCUGUGGAGGAGUUUAACACCGUGUCUCCUCUACCUGCCCUUGGACAAGCAGAUGCAGCAACCGCUCAUGAAACUGAGCCCUUGCCAGCUGAGACAAACAAGCCAGAGACAGAGUCUGCAGGAGCAGCUGUAGCACCGUUGCCUGCCAGUGAAGAAAUAAAACAAGCUGCAGCUUGCUCAGCCCAAGCAGUUGACAAGACAGAUUCCCCUACCAGAAAGAAAGACAAACGAAGCCGGCAUCUUGGUGCUGAUGGUGUCUAUUUAGAUGACCUCACUGACAUGGAUCCAGAAGUUGCUGCACUUUAUUUCCCCAAAAAUGGGGAUAAUGUACAAAACAAGAACACAAAUGACACAGGGCCGUGGUCUGCCAGUCAGUCUCCACAGUCUUUUGGGAGUUCAGGUGUUGACAGUGGUGUUGAAAGCACCUCAGAUGGAAUCAGGGAUUUGCCCUCCAUUGCCAUUUCUCUUUGUGGAGGCCUUACUGACAACAAAGAAAUAACCAAAGAAGAGUUCUUAGAACAUGCAGUAACAUAUCAGCAGUUUGUGGACAAUCCUGCUAUCAUUGAUGACCCUAACCUCGUGGUUAAGAUUGGAAAUAAGUACUACAACUGGACAACAGCUGGUCCCCUUCUGCUGGCAAUGCAGGCAUUCCAGAAACCUUUGCCAAAGGUGAGAUUGAAUAUGAAGGCCACUGUGGAAUCUAUCAUGAGGGACAAGAUGCCCAAAAAAGGUGGAAGGUGGUGGUUUUCCUGGCGAGGGAGAAACAGCACUAUUAAAGAGGAAACAAAGGCAGAGCAAGGUAUGAGUGGGAGUAGACUUACAGGAGAAGAAUCUUCACAGAUGAGCAUGGCAAACAGAAUAAAAGAUGAAUCUUCUUCAAGCGAUGAAGACCCUAGAGCUGCCAAACAAAACCUUGGGUCAUUACAAACCAACUCGAGUCAUCUCUCAUUAUUGUCUGGAAUCAGUUACAAAAAAACCCUUCGACUCACUUCUGACCAGCUUAAAAGCUUAAAGCUCAAGAAUGGCCCCAAUGAUGUGACCUUUAGUGUUACAACACAAUAUCAAGGCACUUGCCGCUGUGAAGGCACCAUUUACCUAUGGAAUUGGGAUGAUAAAGUUAUUAUUUCUGACAUUGAUGGAACAAUCACACGGUCAGAUACUUUAGGUCAUAUUUUGCCUACUCUUGGCAAAGACUGGACACACCAAGGGAUUGCAAAGUUGUACCAUAAAGUGAGCCAAAAUGGAUAUAAAUUUUUGUAUUGCUCAGCACGUGCUAUUGGAAUGGCGGACAUGACCAGAGGAUACUUGCACUGGGUCAAUGAACGAGGAACUGUGCUGCCUCAAGGGCCAGUGCUGCUGAGUCCAAGCAGCUUAUUCUCAGCUUUGCACAGGGAAGUGAUAGAAAAGAAGCCAGAAAAAUUCAAAGUUCAGUGUCUGACAGACAUAAAAAAUUUGUUUUAUCCUAACACAGAACCCUUUUAUGCUGCUUUUGGAAACAGACCUGCUGAUGUUUAUUCAUACAAACAAGUGGGGGUUUCUUUAAACCGAAUAUUUACAGUUAACCCUAAAGGAGAACUUAUACAAGAGCAUGCAAAGACAAACAUCUCAUCCUAUGUCAGACUAUGUGAAGUGGUAGAUCACAUUUUCCCUUUGCUGAAAAGAAGCCAUUCUUCAGACUUUCCUUGUUCUGAUACCUACAGUCAGUUCACCUACUGGAGGGAACCUCUACCACCUUUUGAAACUCAGGAUGUACAUCCAGCCUCAUCUUAACCGCAUCUCCGAACCAUCAGCCUCAGAUCAAAGAAUGAGUUAGCUUGUAUUGCAAGGACUUCACUUGGCUUUUGCUGUUGGCAGUUCAGCUGGAAUCUGUGAUGUGAGCAUUGUAUUCCUUUGCCGUGAGCAAACUUAGAAAUGCUUCUUCGUACUUAGUCACGUUUCCAGAUGACAAGAGUGAGUCGUACUAGGAAUGGGAAUUACAUUCCUAAUGUUCCUUCAUCCAGCAACUCAAAUCGUGCCAUACAGUUUCAUUGCUUAAAGUCAAAUAAAAGUGCAGUGAUGACAGAAUUGCAGUUAAACAUGUCAUAAGGUCAUAAAGUGGUUCUGUAUCUUUCUUGCAUUACUGAAGAUGUCUUUCAUCUCAGAAACUCCUGCAAGUUAGGGAGCUGAAGGUGCUCACCAUUCCUGACAUCAUUUUGUGAUACGUGUUGCUGUCCAUAUGUCAAAAUUCCAUCCUCUGAAAGAGCGAAUGAUUGAGUAGGGUGGUUGGACCAGAUGACCUCCAGUGGUGCCUUCCAACCUUAACCAUUCUGAUUCCUCUUUCCUCCUUGCUUGACCAUCUGAUGUUUGUUUAACGGUUCAUUACUGGUAUAGGUCCUCAGCUGUUGUAAAUUGGUGUAGCCAUCAAAGACGAUGGAGCGUGUUGAUUUAUUUCAACCUGUUGUUUUGACCUGCUAACGCUUUUUUUUUUUGUGUGUGUGUGUGGAAAUAAAUGAUGUGCAAUGUAAAUGGGAAGUAAAUUAAAUAAGAUGGCCAGAUUCUGCCAGUCUUCUUCAAGUUGGGGAGUACCAUGUUUUAGAACAGCUAUUUGGGUUAAGAUAUGUGUGAAAGUGUAAGAUACAGACUGCUGUAUGUAGUGCCCAUCUUACUGAAGUCAGUGGUUUGACUCCGGUGAUUUUUCAGUAAAAACAUCUUACUAAGCAGAUAUGCUGAGUUUCAAUAUCAUUGCUGAGCCAAGAAAACUGAAGAUUUUGUCAAAAUGGAAUAGUUUUAUUUAAGUGUUAUUUUUGGCUUAAGUGUGAACUUUGAUGCUGGUGAGUGAUGCAUCUCAGGUUUUUACUGAAUGGAUUUUUUGUUUGUUAGUUGUUUUUUGUAUCAUAAAGAAUGGAUGCUUUUAGUGUGAUUUACUGUGCUCCAAGAAAACAAAAUCUCCUCUUUCAUCUUUUUUUUCCCCCCUCUCAUUUGUUCAGACACAAGCUGUAGGUACUGUUUUUGCUACUUGCUCUCAACUGCCUUAAGGUUUAACUGUGCAUCAUAGAAGCAAUACUGCAGAUCAGUUGAUGAUAUUUUCCAAAUGAUCUGCCUUUACACAAUGCGGUACUUUUAAAUGUAUGCAUCAGAUGACCAUAUGCCAAAUAAUCCUCAAAUGAGCUGGUAGCUAAGAAGGUGAUUUUUUUCCCCUCAUUUUAAAAUGCAUUUAAAAGUUGAAUUGUUCUCUGAAACAUUGAAAAUGGCAUAAUGGGAUUCCAUGUAUAUAGUAUUUCAGUAUGGCUAAAACAGUGGUUCAUAAGCUGUGAUCUCUGCCAACUUGUGAUCUGUGAGGCUAUGAUACAUGCUUUGCAGCUGCUUUGCAGUGUUUUCAGUUAAGAGUUUAAUAAUAGGAAGGCAGAGUGGUCCAGGAGAAAUUUUAAGAUGUGAUUGUGGUUGGUUAGCACCCAAAGGUUUGGGAACAGCUGCUCUGCAUCACAUUUGUUCUGUUUCAACAAAUUCUGGUUUUGCAUCUCAAAAGAGUGAUAACGACAUAGGUGGGAUGGUAAUUCUGUAACAGGGAUUUUUAACUUCUUGUGCUGCAGACUUUAUCUGAGAUGUCAGGGGGCCAAUUUAUGAUUUCCCUGUGCCUUCAAUAGUAAUUAAUAAGUGCAAUCCUUUAUACAGCUGUAAUGUGCAUAGCUGCAAUGUGCAGUGGUGAGCGCUUCCUAAGUCUUCCUUUUCACAUGAAUGUUGCUGGUUCAGGCAAGGUACACGUCCGUUUCGGAGAUACUGGAAUUAGUAGACAAACACAAAGAGGAAGAAAUGUGUAUUCAAUGCCCCAGACUGAUUAUGCUGUCUUGAAAGUUUAAAGAAAAUGCGAAAUGUCAGAAAAUCCGUACCAUAUCUCUUAAAUCUGUCAGACAAUCAGUGAGGAUCUCAGGUUGCCAAACGGAGAUGGUUGCAUCUCUAAAUAUAGCCACACUUUAAGUAUCCAUUCAUACUUGUCGCUAAUGACUGAAUUAAUGGAUGAAUGUACCAACUGAAUCCUGUGUGAUUGUUUUUGUAAAGGUCUGCUUCAGUCCAUUAUGCAAAUUAAAACCAAAUCAGCCCUUCUCUUCAGUUAGAGACCAUCAGGUUUUUUAUUUUUCACAGUAGUUGAGAUCGGCUUUCCUGAGGUACCGCAUGCAGUAGCUUUCACCAGGAAAAGAAAGGUCCCAGAGAGUUCUCUGAAAUUAAAGCCUAAAGCCUGUGUGUAUUUAUUUAUGACUUAAUAAAUAGCCUGUCCAGGGCUGUUACUGCCAUUAAUAUUUCAACCCAAAUGAUGGUGUGAAUGAGUGGUCAUUUAAUUCCCUCAGAUUUGCAAGUGUAGUGCCAUGCUAGUGCAGAUAGCCCUGCGAUGCUGUGGAAUCCCCGUUCUGGAGUUUUCCAAGACUCAGUUAAACAGAGCUGUGGCUGACUUGGCUCUCAUGUUUAUCAGCUGCUGUGAGCAUGAAGUUGGACUAGCUGACCUCCAGGGGUCCCUUCUGACCAACAUUGCUAUGACUGUGAAGCUAACGCCGUACUUCUGACAUACGGUAUAACCCUUUGUAUCUGAAAGUUUAAAUAUAGCCAGAAAGUGAAACAAAUGUGUGUUUAUAUAACUCAUGUUUAUCAAACCUGCUCACAGAAAAGACAGUUAAGAAAAUCCCAGUUUUGACCUGCUAGAAACAUUGCCAUACUUUUAAAGGGAGUUUAAGAUACUUUUUUGUUUUGGUAGCUGAGCAAUUUUAUGCAUAAUAUUUAAACUGCUGUGUUAAUUCCUAAUGAAGAAAAAAAGGACGGUUUAACAAAUUCCUACUCUUUCUGUGAAAGAAAAAAACUUUCUCAACUUUCCUUUCAGUGUAAUGCUGGUUUCUGUUACAGAAAGAAUAUUUGGCUAGCGUAAGUAUGCAGAGACAUUAAAUCACUGUAUAUUCUAUUUAUAUGGUACACAUAAACUAGAAUAUGCAGCAGCGAGGAGUGACUGAUGUUUAUUUUCAUGAAGCUGAUGACCAUACCCCUCCAGCUGUGUCGUGUGAGGGACAGGAUACCAUGAUUGUUGCAUUAGUUGUGUUACAGAUAAAAUGUUACUGCUGUAAUAUAGGGAGGGAGGAGAAAGAGUACUGGGUAUUUUUAUUUGUAGAUAUGGAUUAUUAUUUCAAAGACUAUUUAUAUACAGUAUUUACUCUGUAUAUGUAUGUGCUACUGGAAUGAUGAAAAUCAUUUUAACACCUCAUUUUGAUCUGCUGAAUGCAAUGAUGAUAGAACUAUAUAUUGUAAUAAAGGCAAGUGUAAAUU